UCUUCAAUGAAUCUGCAAUUGUUAUGUUGCAAAUUCGUUGAAGAAACAGCGCCCAACCAACAACGCGCUUUCUCCCUCAAGACUCAAGAGAGAGAUUAGAGAAUAUAUUCAUACUGGAUUUUAGUGUGGUGUGUUUGGAGAUUGCUUUCUCUUUGAUGCCUCCUCGAUGGGACUGUUUUCCGACAUCUGUGGUUGUCUACGCCGACGGAUGAGCGCCGCCGCCGACGACUCUGCUGCGGACGUCGCGGAGGAUACCUCCGAUUUGUUCUACAAGCUCGAGACGCUGCAAAUCGCCACGAACUUCUUCUCCGAGCUGAAUCAGCUUGGCCACGGCGGAUUCGGCCCCGUUUACAAGGGAUUGAUGUCAAAUGGUCAAGAAGUUGCUGUAAAAAAGUUAUCCUUGAAUUCAAGACAAGGGAUUAGAGAAUUCACAAAUGAGGUGAAAUUAUUGCUAAGGGUUCAGCAUAAAAACCUAGUCAUGUUGCUUGGAUGCUGUGCGGAAGGACCUGAAAAGAUGCUUAUCUACGAGUAUUUGCCCAACAAAAGUCUAGACUACUUUCUUUUUGAUAAGAAACAGUCUCCGCUUCUGGAUUGGAGUAAACGAUUCCAUAUAGUAAAAGGGAUUGCACGAGGUCUUCUCUACUUGCACGAAGAGGCCCCUGAAAGGAUAAUUCACAGAGACAUAAAGUGCAGUAACAUAUUACUUGAUGAUCGGUUAAGCCCCAAAAUCUCGGAUUUUGGUCUGGCAAGGUUGUUUCCAGGGGACGAGACUCAUUUGAACACAUUCCGGAUUUCUGGAACUCAUGGCUAUAUGGCUCCAGAGUAUGCAAUACAUGGAUAUCUAUCGGUGAAGACCGAUGUCUUUAGUUUCGGUGUUUUGGUUCUGGAGAUUGUUAGUGGAAGGAGAAAUCAUGAUAGGUUUCUUGAUGCAGACAAGGCGGACUUGUUAAAUUAUGCAUGGAGAUUAUAUCAAGCUGAGAAGUCAUUGCAACUAGUCGAUGAAAGCCUCGAGAAACAUUCCCGCGAAGAAGCUGCGAUAUGCAUUCAAUUGGGGCUGUUAUGCUGCCAAGCUAGCGUUGCAGAAAGACCGGAUAUGAAUGCAGUCCAUCUCAUGUUAUCAAGCGAUUCUUUCACUUUACCCAAGCCCGGGAAACCCGGAGUUCACGGCCGUGUAGGGCGGUGGACAACGGCCAGUUCUACUGGAUUUACUAACAAUACAAACGGUAGCAGCACCCAAACUGCUGCUACUACCAAGGCUGAUACAACAAGUGUUUAUGUUGAUGAAUUCUCCAGAAAUUCAAUUUCCUAUUCGUCGAUAGAUGAAGGUAGAUGAGCGAGCUACUUUGGUAAUAUAUCCCAUUAUUUAUUUAAGGGUAUAUAAUAUAUAUGUUCUAUAAUUGUUCUCGUUUUUGUCAUGUUAGUAUCUGAGAGUUGCCCUAUCUAAGGAAUACAAACAAGUAAACUACUCCGUGUGUUCCAUAGCAGUGGAGUUAUUUUGCCAUUUUAA